AUGUCGUCUCCAAUCCAUACCACCGCCAAUGGCGAUCCAAAGUCUGAUGUAUCUCGCCCAACCACACCUACCAAGUCCACUGCUGGCUCUGCAAAGAUUUUUACACCAUCGAAAAACCCACCCGUUCCAAAUUCCCCCAAGGACUACGUCUGUGACAACAUCUACUAUGAAGAUCAUUGUUCACCAGACCCCAAGCGGGAAGAAGAGAUGUACACCGAGAAGCUUGAGCUCAUCAAGAAGCAAAUUCAAAUCAAGAACAUUGCUCAUGAAAUAGAACAAUUGACCUUCAACCAGAACGAGUUGCAGAGCAUAUUGGAACUUGCCACCGCGCAAAUUGAGCCACUUCAAAUUCAAGUCAAUGAGCGUACUGCGACCUAUCUAUACAAGACAACUGCCAUCGCCGAGAUCAAAGGCUCCCCUAAUGUUCUCAACAUCACAAAAGAGAUGUCGGCUGCUGAAGUCCUCGAAGCUCGCAGAGCCCAAGCCAGACUUGCCAAGCUCCAGCUGGAAGCUAUGGAGAGUGAGAUUGAAAUGCUUGAGGCACAAGUCCUUCUCGACGCUGAGAAAGAAGCCACUUGCACCAAAGUCUCUGAGUUCGAAAUUACUCGAGCUAAGCUUGCCGAGUUGACCGCUGAUAUUUUCGCUCUCAAGAGUGAGUACCAGAAGUCCAACUUGGCAUGGACCUCGAAAUUCUCAGCCGAGGAGAGUAAUUUGCAAAGCAACUACGCCAACGACGGUACCAAUGAUGUCUCUACCAAGUUGGAACAACUAUCAUCUGAGAACACAGCCCUGAAGGAACAAGUUCAGGUCAUGCUUACUAAGUCUACUGCUCCUGGUGACAACAUCAUUGCAGGUUUGCAGCAUACCAUUGCGACUGGCACAGCACUGAACAACGCCCAGGCGAAUGAGAUCGAGUCUCUGAAGGCUAUUAUCUCAGCUGGUCAAGCACAAGUUCAGGCUCAGGUCAAUGAGCUCCAAUCGCUGCACGCACAAGGUCAGGCGCAAGCCCACGAGCUUCAAGCAUUGCAUGCUCAGAAAGAUGUGGAUAUGAACAUGAAAUUCACUAUCAAGAACCUCGAAGAAAAAAUCGAGAUCAUGAAGCCUCUUUAUCGACUUGGUCGCCAGGUCCGCUACCGCAACAAUAAUAGCAUCCUUCGCAAGAAGUAUGAGGGACAGGAUAUUGAGUGCAACCUGGAUAACUAUGAGGAAGGUUACCAUGCCAGAUUUGGCGGUCAUGUGAUUGCUGACUCCAUGAUGUAUCAUAGCCAUGGUGGCUUCGAUGAGAUUCACCCCAUGGGAAACGAUGAGAAGAAAUUUGAAAUACUUCACCAUGGUAUCACUGCUAAGAUGGUCUGGGACCACCGCCAUGACUUCACCAUACUUGCAGAGAUCCUGGAUAUGGCGUCCAAUAUGACAGCUUAUGGCGAAAAGAACACUACUGGUAUUGCUGAUGACUUUGAAGGCGAAGACGACGAAUAUGGUCUCGAGGAUAAGUUCGCACUGACGGACUUCGGAAAUUCUGAGUUCAAGAAGCUCUUCGUUAAGGUCAUCUCUCACAUCUUGCCUUCCUACAAAACCUUAGCCAUCACGUCCGAUGAUGAAUUCAGAAAGCACCAAGAUCUUGUGGAUGCCUUCCAUGCCAUGUAUAUCAUCUCAUCUGAGGUUGUCAAGAACAAUUAUAUCGCUCGUCGCAAGGGAGUUGAAGAUACUUGGGACCAACCCUGGGAGAAUGCUUGGGAGGAGUGGGAUGACUGGGUCCACAAGGCCAUGAUUCGUCAAAUGUGCUGA